CCGGCUCCUAAUGAAGGGAGGUCUUACAGCCCUACGCACCUCCUCACAUGCUUUUUACAUCUCUGCCUCCCAUACACUCCCCCCACAGCUGUCGUAUCACCAUCCCUGUAGCACUUACAACGGUCUCGUCGUUACCCCUCAACCUUCCUUGUCCAGGUCUCUCUCCUCCUUCCUCCUCUUACACUCGCCCCACGAUGCCCCAUCCGGCGGUCCUCGCGGGCUGUGUCAUCGCCGGCGCAGCAACCUUUGUAGCCCUCGAAGUCGCCAUCUUCCGUCCUUGGAGAGAAGAGCACGGCGAGGAGUUCGUCGCAAAUGCUCAGAAUCACUGGGGCAACUUUCGGAGAGAAUGGGCUUCUGCGUUUGAUGAGAUGAAUCCUAUGGCUAAGCGGAGAGGUGGCGUAGAUGAAGACUCGUUGAGGGAGAUCGAGGCCUUCGAGAUGGAGAGGCGCUUGAGGGAAGAAGAGGACAGACACUCAAGGCAAAACGACCGGUUAGACCAGACAGCCAGCGAGGGGCAGGACAUGAAGAAGCGCUACGAGGCAGAGAUGAGUGCUGGCUCCGAAGUCACGGGCUUAUCUAGCCAGGUCGAUCAUCACUCCGAUGGAGCUCUCAUCAGACGACGCAGGGCAAGUGGUCAUGCUGGCAGAGACUCUCUGCUAAGCUCCAACCACACCAUUGGAGAGAUCUCGCCUGUCAUCGAUCGUCACCCUGCGGUUGCUCGUCCCGAGACCGGCUUCUUCUCGAUUGCGACAGACCUAGAGGGUGACGGCAGGGAGCCUCCUGCACCUCUCUCGCCUAGUCUGCACACAUAUCAAGCUACCAACUCGCAUAGGAGUGCUAGUGAGGAGGAACGCAACUACUUGGAGGACGAGCUAGACGGCACCUUGAGCUUGACUUCCCUGCACUCGUCAUCUUCGAUGUCUCCGCGGAUGCUCAGCGGCCGCUCUUCGCCAUUCGAAGAGCACCUGACAUCGCCGGGAUCUCGAUCGCGAUCCUCCUCCGGCCGGUGGCAACAUACUACCAUCAACGGCAGCAUCUUCGAAGAGCAAGGAAGCGAUAUUUUCACAGACGUAGCACAGACAGCAGGCGAAGGGGGCCAAAACGCAAGCGCGCUGACCCUGCCUAGCUUGUCAUCGACUUACACAAGGUGGGAGGAAGCACUGAGUCCGUCUUCUGAGUCUCAGUUCGCUUGGACCGAUGGAGGACGUAGCGAUGAGUGGGAGAGACUGUCAGAGGAGAGAUCGACGGGCAGCGAAGGUGGCAGUGAACACCGAGAAGAGUUGCAGAGGCGAGAGUAAGGCAUGCUUUAGCACGUGCGGGGAAGGUCAAGAGACCGAGGUACACAUGCAUGUCCGUAAUUCCUUUCGCUUCCGCACAACCACCUCCUGGUUCGAAUCCAUUCAUCUAG